ACUUUGUGACUGUGGUAACUAGUGACGACCCAAUUUGGCCUGCUGAAGGAGAUUCCCUUCCGCGGACAGGUUUCUGUCACUUUAGCCGCCAUGUUAUCCCACUCCCGGUGUGUCACCCGGAAUGUUAGCCGUUUUAUCGCUGUCAUUAGUCAGGGAAACAAUGUAUUGGCACGGCAGGCUGUGUCAGUCGUUUUAGAUUCUGCACGAGAAGGGAGUGAUUUACUGUUGUCAUCUGCUCCAGGACUGUCCGCUAGCCGUAGUGUCACAGUCAACAACCCAGCGAAAUGCGGAGCCAGGUCCAGCGUCUUCCAAAUCAGAUACUUCAGGACGUCUUCAGCUUGCAGGAAUGAAGUUAUCACAGUGAAGACACCUGCGUUUGCGGAGUCAGUCACAGAGGGGGAUGUGAGGUGGGAGAAAGCGGUUGGUGACUCUGUCAAAGAGGAUGAGGUGGUUUGUGAGAUUGAGACGGACAAGACAUCAGUGCAGGUGCCGUCUCCUGCUGCUGGGGUAAUUGAGGAGCUACUGGUCCCUGAUGGGGAGAAGGUCGAGGGAGGACAGGCUCUCUUCAAACUCCGGAAAGGAGCUGUUGCUGCCCAAGCUGCAGAGGCCCCAGCAGCAGUAGCAGCUCCUCCACCCCCUGCUGCUGCCACACCACCUGCCUCUGCAGUGGGACCCAUCCCCACCACAAUGCCCCCCGUGCCACCCGUGCCAGGAGCUGCCAUCUCUGCCACACCAGUUUCAGCCAUCAAACCCACUGAUGCCCCAGCCGCUUUUGCAGAUGGAAGGGGGAUACCAGCCAGGACAGAGCACAGGGUGAAGAUGAACCGUAUGCGUCUGAGAAUCGCCCAGAGACUGAAGGAAGCCCAGAACACCUGCGCUAUGUUGACAACAUUUAAUGAGGUCGACAUGAGCAACAUCAGUGAGAUGAGGAAAGCCUACAAAGACACUUUCCUGAAGAAACACAACAUCAAGCUGGGCUUCAUGUCUGCAUUUGUCAAGGCUUCAGCAUACGCUCUGAUGGACCAACCUUCUGUCAACGGAGUAAUUGAUGACACCACCAAAGAGGUUGUGUACAGGGACUACGUGGACAUCAGUGUGGCUGUAGCAACACCAAAGGGCUUGGUGGUGCCUGUGAUCCGUGGGGUGGAGGGAAUGAACUUCGCUGACAUCGAGAAGACCAUCAACGAGCUGGGGGAGAAAGCCCGUAAGAAUGAGCUGGCCGUGGAAGACAUGGAUGGCGGCACCUUCACCAUCAGCAACGGUGGCGUAUUUGGGUCAAUGUUUGGCACGCCUAUCAUCAACCCUCCGCAGUCUGCCAUCCUUGGCAUGCAUGGCAUCUUCGACAGGCCAGUGGCCAUCGGGGGCAAGGUGGAGAUCCGCCCCAUGAUGUACGUGGCUCUGACAUAUGACCAUCGGCUAAUCGAUGGCAGAGAGGCAGUCACCUUCCUGCGUAAGAUCAAGGCAGUGGUAGAAGACCCCAGAGUGCUGCUCCUGGACUUGUGAGCCAGCCUCUCGGCAGUCACAACAAGCCACCCUUCACACACAGUGGCUAUACCCUUCCUCCUGAUGAUGUUUAUUGUUGAAUAACUAGACAAAGUGAUACUUGAAAAGAGCGAAAGGUGCAUUGGACUUAUUGCAUGGCCUGAAAUGAUGAAAGAAUUUAUGCUUAAUGUUCUAUAUGUCUGGGGCAGGGGUUUCACUAAAACGGGUCUCUGGAGAUGGAGAGGGUGUUGUACAACGCAAAGCACCAUUUGCCAUUUUCUACCUACAAUAAUUAUUUGUCAAAUAAUUGUAAUAUAAAUGACCAAAAAAAAACGUUAUGUAUUGUUCAUUUAUUUUUUCUGAGAAAAGAACUGCAGUCCAUCAUAAGAUGGACUGCAAACAGUAAACACUAUAGAAUAAGAUGUGGUACAUGGGACAGGUUUUUAUCCGUUGUUACACUGAAAUCACAGUGGGUCCUUAAAGCAUUUAAAAAAAAAUCUGAUUCACACACACACCAUAAGAAAAGUAUCUUUAUGUUGUGUAAAGAAAAAAAGAUUUAACAAAAUCUUAACUAUCCUUUUAGUUGUCUACUGUUUACAAAGACACUUGCCUUUUACAGAAUGCUCUCAAAAUGACUGACGAUGACAAUAAUUCAGAAACCAGGUGGCUGGUAUGGUUUAAAAUAGCUAUCGCCAGGGCUUGGAAGCUAAAAGAAAGAGAAGUUUGAAAGACGCAUGCCAGUGGCCACAUCACAAGUCCGUUUUGAUUUCUCAUGCACAAGUCAGUGGAUAGACUGAGCUGUGGUAAAUGUUUAGUUAUGAAGGCUAUGUACAGAUGACCAAGCAAAAAUACGAGGCUUUGCUUCUUUUUUAUUAACCUCAAAGUAUUUGACAAUGAAAAAAUGUUUCAUGCUUGGUUUGUAAGGAUGAUAUUCAUGGAUUCACUGAACAAAAAUAUAAACGCACCAUGCAA